UCCAAUAACCACAAGCCACUGCAAAAUCUCCGAUCAACCAUAAGCUCCACUAUCCUCAACAACCAUAUGCUGCACUUAAAAUCCCAAAACACAAUGUUUCAGCUCUUUCUGUUGGUAAAACUUACCACCAUAUUGUUCUCUGUAGUGAAUUCUAGUCCUCCGGAAGAUCCCAUCAUGUGUUCAUCUAAGAACAGAAAUUGCACCAUCACAAACUCCUAUGGUGCCUUCCCUGACCGAAGUGUGUGCCGGGCAGCCGCCGUUGCUUACCCCACAACAGAAGAAGAGCUCAUCUCAGUAGUAGCAACAGCAACAAAGGCAAAAAGGAAAAUGAAAGUAGCAACUCGUUCUUCUCACAGCAUCCCAAAGUUGGUCUGUCCAGAUGGCGACGAGGGGCUUCUUAUAAGCACGAAGUUGCUCAACCGUAAGUUAGAGAUUGAUCGCAUGAGAAUGACGAUUACUGUUGAGAGCGGAGUGACAUUGAAAAGAUUGAUCCACGAGGCAGCCAAGGCGGGGUUGGCUCUGCCCAACGUCCCAUAUUGGUGGGGCUUCACCGUUGGUGGCAUGUUGGGAACCGGCGCACAUGGUAGCACCUUGUUCAGCGACGGGAGUGCCGUUCAAGACUAUGUGAUUCAAAUUCGAAUCGUCACUCCAGCUGGACCUGAGGAAGGCUAUGGUAAGGUCCGGACCAUUGCGAGUGGUGAUCCUGACCUAAAGGCAACUAGAGUCUCAUUGGGAGUCCUUGGUGUUAUCUCACAGGUAACUUUUAAACUACAACCACUCUUCAAGCGAUCUAUCACCUACUCAGUGAAGAAGGAUGUGGACUUGGCAGAUCAAGUGACAAGAUUUGGCUACCAAUAUGAGUUUGCAGACAUUACAUGGUAUCCAAGUCAGGGAGAGGCAGUGUACCGGAUGGAUGACCGAGUAUACACCAAUGUCUCAGGCAAUGGUCUUUAUGACUUUGCCGGGUUCCGCUCCGUGCCUUCGACCGAACUUGCAAUCAUAAGAACUACAGAGGAAGAUCAAGAAAUGACAGGAGAUGCUGAUGGGAAGUGCACCGAUGCAAAGCUUAGUACCUCGGAACUCAUUAGCAUUGCCUAUGGCCUGACAAAUAAUGGUACUGUCUUUGGGGGAUACCCGGUGGUCGGAUACAACAACCGUAUCCAAACCUCAGGAGCUUGCCUUUAUAGCCCUAAUGAUGACCUAAAAGAAGUCUGCCCAUGGGACCCUAGAGUUAAGGGACUAUUCUAUUACGACACUGGAUUCAGCGUCAGCAUGUCCAAAGUCAAAAGCUUCAUUGAGGACGUGCAGAAGCUAAAUGACCUGGUGCCUAAAGCUUUGUGUGGUGUAGACCUCUAUAGUGGCAUCCUCAUGCGGUACGUUACGGCUUCAACUGCUUAUUUGGGCAAACAAGAAGAUGCUGUUGACUUCGACAUUGUAUAUUAUCGGAGCCAUGACCCUAUGACCCCUAGGCUUUACGAAGACAUACUGGAGGAGAUAGAACAGAUUGGCGUGUUCAAGUACGGAGGACUGCCCCACUGGGGCAAGAAUCGGAACGUGGCAUUUGAGGGAGUAAUCAAGAAAUAUCGAAAUGCGAAGGAGUUUUUGAAGGUGAAAGAAAAGUAUGAUCCGCUGGGGCUAUUCUCUAGCAGCUGGACUGACGAGGUCCUUGGAUUGAGAGGUGGGGUGACCAUUGUGACGGAGGGGUGUGCUCUGGAAGGAUUGUGUGUGUGCUCAAAAGACAUCCACUGUGCCCCAAGUAAAGGCUAUUUUUGUCGACCAGGCAAAGUUUACAAAAAGGCAAGGGUUUGCGCUCGUUAACUCGGGAUACACACAAAUGUUUUAAGCUCAGAUAAUUUGUUUUCCAGCAGAUGAAAUUUUUUUUAUGUAAAAGGUAAACUUGGUUCUCUGUGUGUCUCAAAUGGCUUCAAAGAUGGGUGCUUCCAGAAUAAUUUGGGAAAAGCUGAUCAAAGCCUUAUAUAACUAGACAAUUCGGUGGAUUAAUGUCAACUACAAAAGAGGUGCUCUCAAACCCCUCAAUCUACCUAUAAAUAGAUGUGUGUUUGUAUCAAUUUGUAUAGAAACAAAAAGACUGAAUUUGAGAGAGUUUUCAAUUAUUGUAAUUGUGUUCCAAUUCAAAUAAAUUUGCAACUAUUCUCUUA